UUUGAUAACAUAGAAAAUUUAAACAUCAGAUGACAUUAGUUUCAAAACCGGGUCAUGGAGCGGAUCGUAUUCUGUAUCGUUGCUUUGUUUGUCGUCUGCUACGCGCAGGUUCCAACUCCUUGCCAGUCCCCAAAACAAUGGGAGGGCGAUAUGGUGUUGUUCGAUGCGAGCAAGGAUUUUACAGAGAAGUCCCGUAUAAUAUAUGACGAGACAAACAUGCGAGAAAGAACCAUUGAAGAAAUUGAAGUUGGCAAGGAAAGGGAUUAUUAUGAAGUUCUCAGAUUGUUCAACGAGAGAAAGGAAUACAGACUUAACCUCCGCACGAAGAAGUGUAAUGUAACCACUAUCAUGUACCCAUUCAGAGUGAGGGGUGUUCCCAGUGAUGCCAAAUUUCUGUUUGAAGGGGUUAUUGGAGCAUCAAGCAUACCAUAUGAACACUUCACAGCCGUAACAUUUGGUGGUGAAUACACGACAGAUCAUGUUAAAUACGCAACCACAGUAACCUUCCCUGACUGCAUUCCUGUUGCUGAUAACUAUUACAAUGACGUCACAAGCUACGUUGAAUCAAGAUAUUUUGAUAUUCACGCUGGAAUUACAGACCCGAUGGCGUUCAUACCACCAACAGAAUGCGCAUAAUAUAAAAACAACGACACAUUUUUGUACAGUUUUAAUACAUGUAAUCUAUUAAAAUUUAUAUAGCACUGUACCUCAAACUUAUGUCCACUUUUGUAGCAUUGUGAUCAGAAUAAAUACAAAAACAGUGAAAGUUA